AUGGAAACCCAAAACCCAAUCCCAUGCCUCCUCAUCUUCUUCCCCAUGUUCUUCAUCGUCUACCUCAUUGCCUACUUCAUCGUCUUCCGUACUUGGAGCCCUAAGAUCCGACCCGAAGCCUCCAGCUGCCUAAUUUCCCUCGCCCACGGCACCCCCGCCGUCUUCUUAUCCACUUACGCCAUACUCGCCGACCCGGCCACCGGCUUCGCCUCCCAAAACACCCGCUUCCAGAACACCGUUCUCGAUUACAGCGUCGCCUACUUCCUCACCGAUCUUCUCCACUACAUCAUCUUCUUCCCCAGUGACGUCCUCUUCAUCGGCCACCACUUGGCCACGCUCUUCGUCUUCCUCACCUGCCGAUACGUGGCGUCCCGCGGCGCAUUCGCCAUUCUCUCUCUUCUGAUCCUGGCCGAGGUCACCAGCUUGUGCCAGAACGUGUGGACGCUCGCGAACGCUCGGAGAAGGGACUUGGAAUUUGCAGCUAAGGUGUAUGAUCUUUUGUCUCCUCCUUUUUACGUGUUGUAUUCGAUUGUGCGGGGAUUGGUGGGUCCGUAUUUCGUGUACCGAAUGGGUGCGUUUUAUGUAGGCGGUGAGGCUGAUGGUUUGAUUCCGAGGUGGGUUUGGGUUUCUUGGAUUGUUGUGGUAAUGUCAGCUAUCUCUGUGAGCAUUUUGUGGAUUUCGAAUCUUUGGGUUGAGUUGUUUAGAGCAAGGACUGGCAACUUGGAAAAGAAAACAAGAUAA